AUGGCCAAACGAAAGAGCAGUACUUGCCAACCAACAACAACAAGCAGUAGCAGAAGAACAUCCUCAAGAUUAGCCCAAAAGAAUGACCCAAACUAUCAAGCACCACUCUACCAGCCACUAGCAACUCAACCAACUCACAACUCAACCACCACCAACAACAAAAACAAGAACAACAAAAACAAAAACAAAAACACUCAACUGACUGAACAGAUGGACACACCCAACCAACACCAAGUCCCACUGGCAGAUCACAGCAGGGGCGACCAAGAACAACCCAAUCAGCUCUCAGAAAGCAAUAACCAGCCAGAGAGCAACAACAAUCAUCAGAUCACUGACAGCGAAAAUAAGAAAGACCUUCACAAUUUCACAGAGAUCGGUAUCUCUCCGAUGGACAUGAACAGCAAUCCGGCAGCCACUGAAACCCCAAUGGAGACCAAUCAAGAAAUCACUCCCCAGAAUAUAGAAACCCGCGAGAAGCACCCAGAAAACUACCACCAGUCAAAUUCCAACGGACAAGCUGACCAUCACCAGCCAGAUAUUCCUAAUCAGACCGAUACUCGGCCUGAUCAUAAUCAUGUUCAAGUAGCGAACAACGGACAAGAAAACACGGCUCUCGUCAAUCAACAAGAUACCAGCAUCAACAACCAAACGGAUGUCAACCAGGAUAAUGAUAAUAACAAUCAACAGUCGGACCGAGUAGCUUUUUCACCCUCACCCAGUCCGAUCCCGCAACGCCGUCCCAAACGGGCCCCGCCACGCUCCCCAUCCCCAACUCCACCAGCACCCGCCACACCAUCCCACAAGCGGGCCCCCUUCUCGCCCGAGUCCUCAGCAAGUCCGAUCCCCGUCAGAUCCUCCCGGCCACGCAAAGCUCCCCCGUCCAAGCUGGAAGAAGAAGAAGAAGACAAAAAACAGGAGUGCAUCGGCCGUAAUCGCUCGUCUGACUCUGCGUCGCGCGAACCCUCCCGUCCGCUUCAAUCCCCCUCUAAACGCGCCAGACAGACCUCCGGUUUGUCUGAUCAUACUACGCCUCUUUCUCCAAGACCGCAAGAUCCUAAAAUGGAGAACGAUAAUCCUUCGCCUCACAUCAAUCAACCUCAUCCUCCUCAAAAUAAACCCGUCCCUCCUAGACCUAGACCUAUUCGUGCCCAUCGGCCAAUCAAGAAAAUCCCCCCUCCAGCCGCCGCUAAUCGGAAUCCUAACGAUGACGAUGAAGGGGAUUUCUUUAACUUGUCGAGCCGUCAACCCCGUCAUUUCGUUUCCAAAACGCUCGGCUUGACUAAACAUUCACCAGCGCCGAGCAAACCAUCGACCUCGAAAUCGCCCACCCGAUCAAGUCUUGAUCCGCCAGCCCAGAAACUAAACCUCGUCGACCUCAGUGGCGAUGAAAACUCGAACGACGAUGGCGACGAUAGCGAUGAUAUGAGUGAGGACGAUUGUAAGAAUAAGAAACGUCUUUCGUCGAGGCCUCUUCCUACCUGGACUAGGGCUUCUCAAAUCCUUGCUGCCGAGAGUUUAUCAGCUGAAGAAAAUGAAGGAUCGAAUCAAGCGGAUGACCAAGCGAAACGAUCGCGAGAUGGCACGGAUCAAAAGCCACGAAACGGGGCCAAACGGGCAGAGAAGAGUCCAGCAAAGUCGAGAUCGCCUACGCCGCCUCCGGCGCCGGAUGAGCAAGUGAUCCGGAAGACGAUGAAAGCACUGUACCAGACGCUGACCCAACAAGGCCACGCGUCCUCGCUGCAGAAGCAGGCCGCCGAGGCCGCCCGAAAGGUCGAGGAGGCCCAGCUGAUCCAGACCUUAAACGGCUUGGACGACCCGACAAUCCCUGAUACUUACACCACCGUCAAUGCGCGUGGACUCAACGCUCACAGAGGCCCCAAUCGCGCCCCCGCUAAUCAUGCUCUUGGCACCCCCAUCACGUUCACUAUCAAUAUGGUCAUGGACCCUCGCUUCGCUGCCACCGCUACUCUACAGACUAAAGAGCAUUACGAACGCCCGAUCCAUUUCAUCAUGCAAUCGGGAGAACAGUUCGAUGUCGUCUACCAGAGAUUCCACGAGAUCACCGGACUGCCCGCUGACCAAUUGGUGGUCUCUUACGAUCACAUCAAAUUAUCGCCCUUCGUGACACCCGAAUCGGUUAGGAUCUAUGGCGGAAACACCGCUCUCAAAGUAUAUGAGAGUAGUGCUUGGGAAUAUGUGUCUGAUUUACGACGCCAUCGGGCCCAGAAACCAAGACAAGCAGACGAAGAAGAGGUUCUUCGGGAGGAGUUAAAGAACCUACCGAUCGGGAGUGAACGGGGGCGGAGCGAAGCGACGGAGGUUCCGAUGGAGGGGGCAGACGGGGGAGCCGAGCCGCAGGAGUCGGUCGUCGGACUGAUCAACUUGACCGUGCGCACCAAGGACAAACAGAAGGUCGAGCUGAGCGUCAAACCGUCCACCUCGAUCCGCUCCAUCCUCAAAAACUCCCUCAUCCAUCUCAACUUCCUUCACCCUUCUCCUGACCCUACUAAAUUCAAAAUCUCCUUCGAUGGCGAGGACCUUCCCUUCUCUUCGAUCGUCUCCGACCAUGAUCUCGAUCAUGAUGAUGUCCUGGAUUUGACGGUCCUUUGAUCCUCUUGUUUUCUCUUUCUUCUGUUCUUCUGUUCUUCUUCUUCUUCUUUUUUGGGCGCCAAAAACAUCGCCUUCUUUCUCUACCUCUCUCUCUUCCCUCCACCCACCAAUACCAACACCAAUCCAAAAUGUUGAUCAAUGUGGACAUCCCAUCCAUCCAACCAAUACUCAGAAUUUGUACAUACAUAUAUACAUAUAUUCUACAUGCAUGAGGUUGUGCAGUCGGAUCAGCAUGCUAGAUUUGUGCUUCCAUGUCUCUGCUACAUAAUCUUUGUUUUUGUUGCUCUUCUUUGUUCUCUAUCAAUGAAGUCAUCACAUGUCUUUUUUCUUCUCGUUGGGGGCUGAAAACAGAACUGGGUUGAGUCUUAUAAGGAAAGCCUGGAUCUUGC